AGAUCAACGAGCUCAGCAAUGUCCCCGUCCCUGUCAUGUUAAUGCCCGAUGACUUUAAAGCCUACAGUAAGAUUAAGGUGGACAAUCAUCUAUUCAACAAGGAGAACUUGCCAAGUCGCUUUAAAUUUAAGGAGUAUUGUCCACUGGUGUUCCGGAACCUCCGGGAAAGAUUUGGGAUCGAUGAUCAGGACUACCAGUUCAUCGUGGAGUGCCACGGGAACACCCUCCUGCCCCAGUUCCUGGGCAUGUACCGGCUCACGGUGGACGGUGUGGAGACCUACAUGGUGGUCACCAGGAACGUGUUCAGCCACAGGCUGACUGUGCACAGGAAAUACGACCUGAAGGGCUCAACAGUAUCCAGGGAAGCAAGUGAUAAAGAGAAGGCCAAGGAUCUCCCAACGUUCAAGGACAACGACUUCUUGAAUGAGGGUCAGAAGCUGCACGUUGGAGAAGAGAGCAAAAAGAACUUCCUUGAGAAGCUGAAGCGGGACGUGGAGUUUCUAGCUCAGCUGAAGAUCAUGGAUUACAGUUUGCUGGUUGGGAUCCACGACGUGGACCGGGCAGAGCAGGAGGAGAUGGAAGUGGAGGAUCGGGCAGAGGACGAGGAGUGUGAGAACGAUGGGCUGGGGGGAAACCCCAUCUCCUCCUACGGGACCCCCCCGGACAGCCCCGGAAACCUCCUCAACUACCCCCGCUUCUUCGGGCCCGGCGAGUUCGACCCCUCCGUCGACGUCUACGCCAUGAAAAGCCACGAAAGUGCCCCCAAGAAGGAAGUUUACUUCAUGGCCAUCAUAGACAUCCUCACGCCCUACGACGCGAAGAAGAAAGCUGCACAUGCUGCCAAAACAGUGAAACACGGGGCCGGGGCAGAGAUCUCCACCGUGAACCCCGAGCAGUACUCGAAACGCUUCAACGAGUUUAUCUCCAAUAUCCUGGCAUAGUUGUCUUCAGCCUUCAGCGAGGAAGGAAGAGCAGAGGGGCUCCUUCACCCAGAGAACGCAGCCUGUGACACUCAGACACUGUAGCAGCAUGUGGGGAAUUGGAAGGAAAAUAGCUCACCAUUUCAAGGACGGAAACUAUAACUCUGAUAAGGAGGAGUCGCUGAACUUUAGGUAAAUUCAGACUGGGACACUUUAUAUUUUUUGGUUAAUUUAAGUAACAAAAAAAAAAAAACACUUUUUUUGUAACUGCACUUGAUUUACAAGAAGGACGAGGGAAAUGGAACAUCUACCAAAGAUGAUCUCUUAAAAAAAAAAAAAGGUGUAACUCCCAGAACCUAAAACAAAAACCCACCAGUGUGAGAAGUAGUAGUGGCAUUGACCAACCUCAGCUAAUGAUGUGCUCGGACCCCUUGUGCUUUCAAUUGGCCAGCUCUGAAGAUUUCCUAAAAGAAAACCAGAAAAAAAGAAAAGGCCUUUUGUACCUGUAGAUAUGGGAUAACAUUUGACUCUUGGGACGUUUCCCUGUCGCGCCUCGGUCAGGAAUUGCCGUGUCUCUUAGGCCACAGCUGACCACCACAGUCCUGCCAGUGUUAAUCUAGCUAAUGUUCAGUCUUCCUUACUCACCCCAUCUGCAACAGGUACUUGAAUUUGUUUCCUGACAGAGGUUCUUGGCUUAGUUGGUUUCUUUUUUUUUUCCAAUGGCAAUGUGACUUGCACACGAAGGAAUUGGACUCGCUGCCAGUGGGGAGUGCUGGGAGCUGUGACUGUGGAGCAAAUUCCACUGCUCAAGAGGACUCAGGACUUGAGCUGUGGUUGGUUUUACUCUUCCUCUGCUCCAAAAAAACCCUCUCUAGAGCGACAGUCGAGGAGUGGAAAUGUUUGAACAGAUUAUUUUUCCAUCCCCAUCCCCCCCCCGAGGAUUUGGAACUGAUUGGAGUGACUGAAUAACGUCCUGUUUUGUCUCCAGAAUGCUUGUAACACUUUUCACAGCCAAGCUUGUCGGGCUCGCUUUGGGUUUCGUUAGCUCCUGCUGCACAAGUUACAGAGACCCCCCCUUUUGGUUCUUUUUUUGGGUUUUCAUUUUCCUUUUUUUUUCCGAGCAGGAUUUGAGCGUUUUCGAACAACAACAAAAAAAAACAAAAAACCUCUUGCAGUUUGAAACAUUUGUCGCUUCUCUCUGCCUUGGAACUGUUUUUUCACAUAUGCCUUUUGUUUCGGGAAUAAGCUUGUUUGGAAUGUCUGUCCUGUGCUGUAACACGUGCUACAGUUUUUGCUGUGUGGAAUUUGGUCCUUUCCAGAGAUAACUUGGUGCUCAUCACAUCCUGGUAAUUCCCCCUGGCUUUUUAACGCUGGAUUCUCAAUGUGGGCUUGGGGUUUUGGGGGUUUUUUGGGGGUUUUUUUGGGGUUUUUUUUGGAGUUUUGUGUUCCAUCCCCAUGUUUCGUGUCGUGAAUCCCGCAGGUCUCAGCUUGGAAACGGGACAAAGAAAAGAGAGGGGGGCUAAAAAUUUAUAAGCCCAACAAGAGUGCACUGUAAAUAGAGUCCUUUAAGAAAUCAAAAAUUAGGGCUUGCAACAGGGGGGUAGGAAUAUUUUUUAUUCAGUCAUUCCCUUUGACGUGGGGACAAAUUCCUGGUGCCCCCCCCCCUGUCCUGGGGGUGUGAACACCCCCUUGUCUGGGAGGCUGAAAAGGGUCUCGUGUCUUAAGGUGUGUAGCUGGAAAAGCCACAACCCAAAUUGUGCAGCUGUUGAGAAUCCUUUAAAAAAAAAAAAAAACAAAAACAAAAACAAAAAAAGGGAGGGCUUCAGGGCACCAUCAGCUUCCUUUUGUGGGCAUUAGAUUGGUUGCUUUCUCUCUUAAACAAUAAGCACUUAAGUUUACUGCCAGUUAGAAAUUAAAACCCCGAUCAACUUUUUGUUCCUGACAGUUUUAAAAAAGUCUGCAUUGAAUUUCUGCAACUUUGGCCUGGUAAGUUUGCCCUUCUCCUUUUGGGGAAAACCAGCUUUGGAACUGUUUUAUCUUUAAAUCAUCUAUUUAAAAAUAUAUAUAUAUAUAAAAGAGAA